CGGAGCUGAAGGUAGUGCUGCCGGUGCCAAGCCAUGAUGCCCUUUGGUGGGAUGGCUGCCCGUCUGCAGAGGGACCGCCUGAGAGCCGAGGGGGUUGGCCAACACAACAACGCCAUCAAGUACCUCAACCAAGACUAUGAGGCCCUCAAACAGGAGUGCAUCGAGAGCGGUGCUCUCUUUAGGGACCCCCAGUUCCCAGCCGGCCCCUCUGCCCUUGGAUUCAAGGAGCUGGGGCCACACUCCAGCAAGACGCGGGGGGUGGAGUGGAAGCGUCCAUCGGAGUUAGUGGAUGACCCUCAGUUCAUCGUUGGCGGUGCAACCCGGACAGACAUCUGCCAGGGGGCUCUGGGCGACUGCUGGCUGCUGGCUGCCAUCGGCUCCCUCACGCUCAAUGAGGAGCUCCUGCACCGCGUGGUGCCCCAUGGGCAGAGCUUCCAGGAGGACUAUGCUGGCAUCUUCCACUUCCAGAUCUGGCAGUUCGGUGAGUGGGUGGACGUGGUGGUGGAUGACCAGCUGCCCACCAAGGACGGGGAGCUCCUGUUUGUGCACUCGGCAGAGUGCACCGAGUUCUGGAGUGCUUUGCUGGAGAAGGCCUACGCCAAGCUGAACGGCUGCUACGAGUCGCUCUCAGGGGGCAGCACCACCGAGGGCUUUGAGGACUUCACCGGCGGCGUGGCAGAGAUGUAUGACCUCAAGCGGCCGCCGCGCAACAUGGGCCACAUCAUCCGCAAGGCGCUGGAGAGGGGGUCCCUGCUGGGCUGCUCCAUCGACAUCACAAGUGCCUUUGAUAUGGAAGCAGUGACCUUCAAGAAGCUGGUGAAGGGCCACGCCUAUUCUGUCACAGCCUUCAGAGAUGUGAACUACCGGGGUCAGCAGUAACAGCUCAUCCGCAUCAGGAACCCCUGGGGUCAGGUGGAGUGGACCGGAGCCUGGAGCGAUGGCUCUUCUGAGUGGAACAACAUUGACCCUGGUGACAGGGAAGAGCUGCAGCUGAAGAUGGAGGAUGGAGAGUUCUGGAUGUCUUUCCGGGACUUCAUGAGGGAGUUCUCCAGGCUGGAGAUCUGCAACCUGACCCCCGAUGCCCUGACCAAGGAUGAGCUUAGCAGGUGGCACACGCAGGUGUUCGAGGGCACAUGGCGCCGGGGGAGCACUGCCGGGGGCUGCAGGAAUCACCCAGCCACGUUCUGGAUCAACCCCCAGUUUAAGAUCAAGCUGCUGGAAGAGGAUGAUGACCCUGGGGAUGAUGAAGUGGCCUGCAGCUUCCUGGUGGCUCUGAUGCAGAAGCACCGGCGACGGGAGCGGCGAGUCGGGGGCGACAUGCACACCAUCGGCUUCGCUGUCUACGAGGUUCCUGAGGAGGCCCAGGGCAGCCAGAACGUGCACUUGAAGAAGGAUUUCUUCCUGCGAAACCAGUCGCGGGCACGGUCUGAGACCUUCAUCAACCUACGGGAGGUGAGCAACCAGAUCCGGCUGCCCCCGGGCGAGUACAUCAUUGUGCCCUCCACGUUCGAGCCACACAAGGAGGCCGACUUCGUCCUGCGGGUCUUCACAGAGAAGCAGUCGGACACAGAGGAGCUGGAUGAGGAGAUCUCGGCAGAUCUGGCAGAUGAGGAGGAAAUAACUGAGGAUGACAUAGAGGACGGCUUCAAGAACAUGUUCCAGCAACUGGCAGGGGAGGACAUGGAAAUCAGCGUCUUUGAGCUCCGGACUAUUCUGAACAGAGUCAUCGCUAGACACAAAGAUCUGAAGACGGAUGGGUUCAGCCUGGACUCGUGCCGCAACAUGGUCAACCUGAUGGAUAAAGAUGGCAGUGCCCGCCUCGGGCUGGUGGAGUUCCAGAUCCUGUGGAACAAGAUCCGCAGCUGGCUGACGAUCUUCCGUCAGCACGACCUGGAUAAGUCGGGCACCAUGAGCUCCUAUGAGAUGCGCAUGGCUCUAGAGUCAGCUGGUUUCAAGCUGAACAACAAGCUGCAUCAGGUGGUGGUGGCCCGCUAUGCAGACGCUGACAUGGGUGUGGACUUUGACAACUUUGUCUGCUGCCUCGUGAAGCUGGAGGCCAUGUUCAGGUUCUUCCGCAGCAUGGACCCCGAAGGCACUGGCACUGCUGUCAUGAACAUUUCCGAGUGGCUGCUGCUGACGAUGUGUGGCUAAGAGCCACGACAGAUCUGCUGUAGCUGGGACACCUCGGCAGGCCAGGCCCCUUCCAAGUGCCUCCCCUUGGAUCUGUGGACACAGGAUACUUUUCCCCCCUUGCUCCAUCCCACGCUGAGCCGCCAGCCCUGCCUCCCGGCAAGCCUUGGGCCACCCUCUCCGGUGGACCAGGGGUCAAGGCAGGCAGGGGAUGCCCUUCUCCUCUUCUGGGGUGGGCUUCUUUCCGCUCACCCCCUCCUCUCCCCACCCUAGAACAAGAGGAGGGCAAGCAGCAUGGGGUACCUGUGCAUCCCCGCACCAAGCUUGUGGGGAGUGAAGGAGCAGGCUGGGGGCCGGCUGUGGAGCCAGGAGAGGCAGGAGCUGCAGAGGGAAGAGAAGGGGGACUCCUAUCGCUUGCUCUAGUGCUGACCC